UGGCCGCCGGUCAGUCGGUAUCGAGCCGUCGCGCCGAGCGGAGCUCCUACGCUGACUCGCGGCGCGCGUAGGCACGGCGACGGUUCGAUUCCGCUCCGCUCCGCUCCGCUCCCGCUACGCUCCGUCCGCUCCGGCGGUGGUGGACCCCAGGGCACCCUCCGGAUAUAUCUGGCGGGCACGCGCGCGUCGGCGCCUAUCUUCUCUCACCUCCGAUGGGUCCCCUGGAGUACCGUCUCCCCGUCACCGUCGCCAUCGUCAUCGUCGUCGCUGUCAAUUCCGCCUGUCUCGCCCCGCGCGUUCAUCGGGGGAUUCUCCAGGUGGCCAACCGGUAAUCGCCGAGCCAAGAUUAGCGAGGAGAUCGGAGGGAAAAGUUAACUUGUAAGAGCGUGCGAGUUGAAAGAGAAAUUGUAAACAUGGACACUGGAUCUACACAGGGUAAAAAGCAAAUCCGCGUCGGAUUUUACGAUAUCGAGGGAACGAUCGGCAAGGGUAACUUUGCCGUUGUAAAGCUGGCCAGACAUCGAAUCACGAAAACGGAGGUGGCUAUCAAGAUAAUCGACAAAACCCAAUUAGAUCCUACUAAUCUAGAGAAAGUUUAUAGAGAGGUCGAAAUUAUGAAGCAGCUGGAGCACCCGCAUAUCGUCAAAUUAUAUCAAGUUAUGGAAACGAAGAACAUGAUUUACAUGGUGUGCGAAUACGCGAGCAAAGGUGAGAUAUUCGACUACAUUGCGCGAUACGGAAGAAUGGGAGAGCCCAGGGCACGUGCGACAUUCGCUCAGAUACUCUCCGCGGUCGAGUAUUGUCAUGUGACGGGUGUGGCACAUCGUGAUCUGAAAGCGGAAAACCUGCUCCUCGACGCCCAGAUGAACGUGAAAAUUGCCGAUUUCGGCUUCAGUAACAGAUUCGCCCCGGGGGAACGAUUGAGCACGUGGUGCGGUAGCCCUCCCUACGCUGCUCCCGAAGUCUUUCGUGGGAAGCAUUACGCCGGACCGGAAAUCGACGUAUGGAGCCUGGGCGUUGUGUUGUACGUGUUAGUGUGCGGAGCACUGCCCUUCGAUGGAUCAACUCUUCAGUCAUUAAGAGAUCGUGUGCUAAGCGGCAGAUUUAGAAUUCCUUACUUUAUGAGCACAGAUUGCGAAAGCCUAAUACGCAAGAUGUUAGUGCUGGAGCCUUCCAAACGAUACACCAUUCCACAAAUCAAGAGGCACCGUUGGAUGGCAGGGACAGCAGAUAGCAUUUGUUCAGUGAUCGUAACGCGGCCAUCGUCAUCCAUUCAGGAACCAAAUGAGCAAAUACUUCGACUCAUGCACAGCUUAGGAAUAGACAUUAGUCGCACUAGAGAGUCUUUACGAAAUAGCAGCUACGACCAUCACGCUGCUAUUUAUUUCUUACUGCUGGAAAGGUUGAAGCAACAUCGCGUCAGUAGCACCAUUAAUAAUGCCUGCUGGUCCUCAGUUGCAAGAACAAAAGAAGAUAAAUUUAAAUCAAGAGCAAGAGAAGAUGGCAGCAGAGGGGGAAAGAGAUUUAGCUCGACGAGUUCUUCGACCGAUGAAGGUUGUUGCAGCGCGGAAGGUGAUUUAGAAGAAGGCCCAAGCGGAGACGAGUUGCGCGAGGCGCAAAUCAAAUUGGAAGAGCAUAGAUUAGGCCUAGAUCACGAUAUCAGUCAACGAAUUGACAGUCAGAUAGUCAAUCGAAGAUUAAGUGAUUAUCAACAUCAUUUUGAUAACCCGCUUAUGGAUCCUAUUGAUCCACCCAGUCGAACGACUUUGUUUAUGGCGGGCGGUACCGGUAGCUCGUCGUCGGAACUCUUCGAGUCCAGCUUCGAUUCUGGCUGCCCGCCAGAUUAUACAGGGGCGAAUUGUUUCACGAGCAGUUUACCAUCUUGCACGCCACCGCCACCCAAGAGUCCAUCCCCUAUCACUGGUCGAAUAUCUCGAGUCUCUCAGGGACGAAGAGCGUCCGAUGGUGGACCUAGAUUACUAUUCUGUCAGCAAGGUGUCGGCGAUAGGCCAUCCAAGCAGAGAAGUAUUCAAGAUUCGGGAAAAGCUCGAGGCCACCUGGAUCUAGUCCAUCUCAGACCACCGUCCACACCGCCCGAUAAUCAACAGCAAUUUAAGAUACGCGGCGACUCGGGCACGCAACUGCAGCUUUUAGUGCAGCAACGUAUGCUGCAGCAAAAGCGUAACUUGUAUCAUCGACACAGGGGCGGCGGUAGCCCGACUCCGAUCCCAGUUUCCACCAGUGGCGGCACUAGUAGACGUGCCGAUCACGUACCGAGGCAAGACAGCUACAAGCUGGCACAACGUACACAGAUUUUGCCGCCUCUCUCUCAGGGACACGUAGACCGAGACUUCGACAGAGAUAGAAAGCGAGACGAGGAAAGGUGGAAGAGUCUACCGUCCCGCUUGGCAGCGGAUUGCCAGUUGGCGGAGAGGUCGCUAAUAUGGAGCCAGCAGGUGGGUCUUAGUGGAGGUGCGUCUUACUUGCCACCUGGCAGUGUAGGUGGUUUCUUGUGGCCCGCCACCAGCAAUCCACAUUCAACCAUCUUCGAGAAUGUAGGGGAUCCAAUGGAAUAAAUUUCUGCCCUAUCGUUAUAUUAGUAAUUGCCUCGAGAUCUUGCGUAUGAAAAGUCAGCUGAAUUAUUAUAUCAACUCUGUCAGCAGUGUUCCCUCCCUAGUCUUUCCACGUUGACUUUUAUUAACAUAGUUGCAUAUCAUUUUGCAUCUGAUAGAGAAACGCUAAGAUAUACGAAGGAUUUAAUGACGUUCACUCAUCUACGAUUACAUACUCAAGAUCUCCGAUUAGUUGUAUGGUACAUGUUACUGAAUGCCAAAGAUUUACAAUUUUGUAUUUCUAUUGGCCCGAAACGUUGGUACUCGAGGAUUUGAUGAAGCGCUAAAAGCUGCGUACAAUAUUCCAUACAAAUCGUUCGCUAAUGUACUACUUCACAAAGUUAUACUUGACGCUAUUGUACGUCUGCAUGAGUACACCCAGACUACGUAUACAUGACUAAAAAAAAAGUUCUCAUGCAAAGGAAUCUUUAUCAUACAGUAACACGUGUACCUGCCUUAUUAAAAUGACUGAUUCUACCAGUCAAAUAUCCAAUUAUAUCAUAGACUGAUAAUUCACAAGCUGAAACACCAACCAAGUUUAAUUGAAGAGCAAAUGACAUAGGACUUGCUUUACACACUCCGCUAUUGAGAGUAUGACAAGACGGAAGGAGAGAGAGACAGAGAGACAGAGAGAGAGAGAGAGAGAGAGAGAGAGAGAGAGAGAGAGAGAGAGAGAGAGAGAACUGCAGGAUUUUUAAGUAUUGUUAACGAGGUUUUUAAUUGACGAAUUCAAGUAGACUUAGGAAGCUUAGAGUUCGUUCAUUUUCGUAACUGCUCAUAUGUAUAAAAACGAAUAACGGAAUAUUACGAAUUUACGCGAAUAUAAAUCCUUAGAGGGAUAUUCUGUACUGCCAAUGAGUGAGAGAAAUGCGAAUGCUCAAGUUGUUGACGAGAUAUUAUAAAUAUGUUAUAGAAUAAGGCGUAAGAGAAAAAAAAACGAAAUAUCGACGAUAGGGUAUAACAGCGACUGAAAUAGGAUUAAAGUUCUGUCGAUAGCGGAGCGCAAGUACUAUGCCAUUUUCGCUUUUCCAUUAAUUUAAUCGAAGAGUGGAAAUACGACGCGGGUUGAAAAGAACCUUUCGUUACGUUUUCUUAAUGAACGUUCCAUUGUACAAAAUUAGAGAUGUUUUCUUCUUCCACUCUUCACCGAUGGUGACCAUAGAGAAUAGAGAAAAUAAUAACGGAAAAACAAUAAUAUUAGCGGUAAAUAGUAGCUAAUGUGUCAGAAGUGCUGCAUUCUGUAGAGAUGUUGAAACAAAUCAUUUACGUGAUCAUUUCCUAACAUAAACAUAAUAAGUUAACUGCAUUUUAUAUAUAUGUUAUCUCUUUCUAGAAAUAUUUAAAGCCACUGUAUUAACAGUCGCACUACUUUUAUACAAAUAUCUUUCAUGAAUCGUUCACCGAUAUCCUCUGAAUAUGAUUUCUCUUUUCUAAACGGAAUAUUUUCUAUUUCGACAGCUCUGUUUUACGAGCUUCUUGCGUAAUUAUAAUUAAUUAGGAGAACAUUGACGAGAAACAAUAAUUGCGAAACCGUUUGUACGUUUGAUAUGAAUACAGCACUUUAAAAAAACAGUAUAUACAUACAUAUAUUAUUAGAAUCUAGUAAUCUAGUCAGUAGCAAGCAAUACCGGCCGCGCACAACUGACAACGACUUUACUAUUCAAAUUUUUCGCCAUUUUUUACCCGACAGGAAACAAUCAAACAUCGCUCAAAAAUCUUUUGAUAAGUGAGACAUAACUGUUAAGUUAGCCUAAUCGCAAACGAAAUCCACUAUCUGCGAACGGACAUCGACGCGAGGUAUUCAUGAAUCUCAGGAAUUGAAAAUCAAUUUCGGCAUUGUUGCGAAUUCUUAUAACACGCCUGUCUUUUCCGAACUCAUAUAUAACUCUUUGGAUUGCGUAAAAGUAGAAAGCCAGUAUCGGGUUUUGGUAGCAAUAAAUUGAUUUCACCUGUCCAUCAAAAUGCAAAACACAACUAUACGACUCCGACGGAAGAUUCUGCGACAAUUACAUGUGAUACUACUUGUUUUGUAUGUAAGCUAUCGUUUUAGAAUAUGUAAUCCGUUUAAAGAUAAAGACUACAAUCCGUUUUGCGGAAGUAAUUAUUUGCUAUCAAGCACUGACUGCCAUACAGACAAUUUGUCGUGAAGAAGAAAAAAAAAUUAAGAAAGAGACCUGAGACAGAGGGUCGCUUAUACGUGUAUACAAUAUAAAAAAUUUCGUUUUUCAUGCUCUUAGCAAAGUGCGCACACAUACUAUCACUUCAACAGUCAUAUACGAUAGUAAGUAGUUACUUUUUGUAAAUUGCAAAAUUGUCGACAUAUGUAUACAUGCGAGUUCUAAAUAAAACAUAUGCAGAUUGAGAUCCAAACUGAUGUGUUUCGAGCAUUCGUAGAAGUUUCCUUUAUUUCGACACGGUACAUAUCCGCGUUAAGAGCUUGUAUUUACAAUAGCGUUAUCGAUUAAAAUGUCUAGCGGAA